UAUUAGCUGGGUGUGCUUUAUGAAGUUGGGGAUAGAUGAAAAUCCAAAUGGGUGCUUGAAGUUCUUCACAGACUACAAAUGGAACCUUCUUUGGGACCCAUCAUAUCCACAUGCUGUGAAUUGUGGACGAUGCCAUUGCCGCCAAGCUGAGGAACUAGACAAAAAUUCUCUUCAAUGGAGUGUACUUGCAGUUCUCUGCGGUCACCGGCUUUAACCACAGUGCCUUCCUCUUUAUCUAGAACUGGGUUCUCAGAGAAGCCAUUGUUACAUCUGAAAUUAUCGAAUAAGAAGUCAUACCCGCUUGCUGGAAGGCUCAAAUUUCUUCACAUCAGAGCUCAAGCUUCUUCGAGCACAAGCAAUUUUAGCUCAGAGGCAGGUCCCGCAAUUUCAAAGAAGGAAGAUUCGAAAGAUGAGGAUCUUGUAUUUGUUGCUGGUGCUACGGGAAGAGUUGGUUCAAGAACAGUGAGGGAGCUUUUGAAACUUGGAUUCCGCGUAAGAGCCGGUGUAAGGAAUUCUCAGAAAGCAGAAACUCUAGUUGAGAAUGUUAAAAGGAUUAAGCUUGAUGAAGCUGUAGAAAAGCUUGAAACUGUGGUAUGUGACUUGGAGAAACCAAAUCAGAUUGGAUCUGCAAUAGGGAAUGCAUCAAUAGUUAUUUGCUGCAUUGGUGCAAGUGAGAAGGAGAUUUUUGAUAUCACUGGACCUUAUCGAAUUGACUAUCUGGCUACCAAAAACUUGGUUGAAGCAGCAACUGUUGCAAAAGUAAAGCAUUUUGUUCUGCUUACAUCCUUGGGAACCAACAAGAUCGGAUUUCCUGCUGCCAUUCUUAAUUUGUUUUGGGGAGUCCUAUUAUGGAAAAGGAAAGCAGAAGAAGCAUUGAUUGCAAGUGGUCUUCCUUAUACAAUAGUGAGACCUGGAGGCAUGGAGAGGCCAACAGAUACUUUCAAGGAAACUCAUAAUACUACUCUUUCACCAGAAGAUACUUUAUUUGGUGGUCUAGUGUCAAACCUUCAGGUUGCAGAGCUAAUGGCAUGCAUAGCAAAAAAUCCUGGUCUUUCAUACUAUAAAGUGCUAGAAGUAGUUGCUGAGACAACGGCACCAUUGACUCCCCUGGAGGAUCUUCUUAAAAAAAUACCAUCUAAAGUUGCAAAUGCGUUCCCAGAGGAAUAUGGUGCUGCACGAACUGUCGAUCCAUCAUCAAAAAAGCCGAGCAUUGCCAAAGAAAAGGAAUCAGCUGAAGCAAACGUGACAGAACAGCCACCCUCUCAAAUUGUUUCAUCAGAACAGUUGAGCAUCGCAAAGGAGAAGGAAUCAGCUGUAGCAAGUGUUACAAAACAGUCAUCAUCACCCUACAUUGCGUAUGAGGAUUUAAAACCUCCAACAUCUCCUACUCCAGUUGCACCUGUUGGGAAAAUAGAUUUAAAUGUUGUUGAUGGAGUCUCAUCUAGUGGUCAAACUAGUCCAGUAGAGGCGUCAACUGAAAUUGCCGAGGCAAAUGUUGCACCUGCACCUGCUCCAGAAAAAGCAGUGACAUUGAAACCUCUCUCCCCUUAUUUAGCGUAUGAGGAUUUAAAACCUCCAACAUCUCCGACUCCAGAUGCACCUGUUGGGAAAAUAGAUUUAAAUGUUGUUGAUGGAGUCUCAUCUAGUGCUCAAAUUAGUUCAGUAGAGGCGUUAACUGAAAUUGCCGAGGCAAAUGCCACACCUGCACCUGCUCCAGAAAAAGCAGUGACAUUGAAACCUCUCUCCCCUUAUGUAGCAUAUGAAGAUUUAAAGCCUCCUACAUCACCAUCUCCUAGUGCACCUUCCCUAUCAUUUUCUUCAACAUCUCCCUCAAACGGUCCACCUCAACCUGCUACCUCCGCCGCAAAUAGCACAUUGCAGAUUCCAGAGGCAGAAGACUCAAAGAGUGAUUCACAUCUUCCCAAGCCGAAGAAGCAACAACCACUGUCACCUUUUACCAUGUACGAGGAUUUGAAGCCUCCAGCAUCUCCAACGCCCUCUCUUUGAAAAUCUUAAAGAAAGAGCUUUCAGUUUUCUGCUAGUUACAAUCUGGACAGAGACAAACAGUUGAUGAGGGGUGAUAUUACCAGAGUAUAUAUCUUCCUAUGUAAUAAUACCAAUUACCAACCUUGUGUCUGAAGAACAUUUGUUCCUUUUUCCUGUCCAGAUUUCAUGGACGACGACACUAUUGAAUGUGCUUUUGCAACUUCAAAGUUGUUUAUUUUGGCUGUA